UUUACAAACGUGCCGAGCCAAGCUAAUGGCCAUUUUCAACUAACAAACACAUUGAAACAAUAUUUGAAACAUCAUGAUUAAGAUUACGUUCAACAUUUUAACUCUACUUUUAUACUCCACUGAGGUUUACUCCGUUCCACAAGUGGUGCCAGCGACUGAUACCGGAGGGCCGACCAUUGAAUUUACUUGUACCGAGGAUUUGGGGCCGGGGGAAAUGCUGGCUUGGUGGCAAACGAAAGAUCUUUGGACGGACAAGUCCCUUGUAUACAAGGAGUUCUUCCCGCUGGAAAAAGACACGGUGCACUUCAAAGUACGCGCGUCUAACGACGUUUACUUCGGGUUCCUGUCUCAAGCGAAAAAGGUGGCACCAUGGAUAGAUAUAGUUUUGGGAGGAUGGAGCAAGAGAAAGAAUUCCAUAGCAUUGAACAGAUUUCACAAAGUUUUCGCUGAAAUCGACUAUAUUGUCAACGAAUGUGAAUUUCGCGAGUUCUGGGCGCGCAAGGACGGUGAUUGCGUGUCGGCGGGGUUCGAGGGUCAGACCAGCCCGUUCAUAACGUGGAACAGCACCACCAAGUUUAAUGCGACCCACUUCAGCGUCGCCACUGGAUGGGGGUCCACUGGCAACUGGAAGUUGGAAGGAUAUUCUUGGAAAGAUGAUGAUGUAUUACUUAAUAUGAUUCAAUAUACUGGUAAAGAACUCUUGAAACCAACGGAGUUGGUCCUAAAAAAGACCCGAAGUAACAUCGACAGCCGUUCAACAGUAUUUUGCGCCAGGCAUAGAAUGUCUGGUGAUGGAAAAUGGACACGGGGAGUGGAGUCCAGGUUUAUAGUUUUGGCAACUCAGACUGAGGAUAUACCGACGGGAGAGCUGUACGUCAAGGUGGGGCCAGAGACUCGGAUAGAAUUCGAUGAGAACACCCAGGUGAAGUUCACCUGCAGCGGCAGCGUCCCAGUCGACGGCAGGAUUUUGAGAUGGUUCAGAAAAGACCACAGUUACCGUGAUCCCAUAAGCCUUGAAAACCAAAACUACGAUCCGACAUCCAACACCAACGAUUUAGAGUUAACCCUGGACGAGUCUUAUGACAAAAACCAGCUGUUCUGUGCUCAAGGGUUCCAAUAUUCUAUCCAACAUAAUGGUACUGCGAUAAUUAAGAAUUAUGGAGAGAUAGUGAGAUCAGAAGACAUCACUCUUGUUAUGAAGAGGGGAAAUGUUACGAUACCUACUAGUACGAGUAGAACACCCGAUGAAAACGAGUGCUCGGCGGGACAACGCGUGUCGAUGUGGCCGGGGAUGGUGAUGGUAGCGGUGGUAUCGACCUACGUCACGGCGUGAGAGAUGGCGACGCUGGCAACAUCUGUCUCCUAAUCAUAAAAUAUUUCUACCCUACUCUUACAGUCGGACCAAGCUAACUCUGCACUGCAAGGCAUUUGCGAUGACAAACAGGCCAAUUCGAACGUACACUGACAUCGGACUGAUGUUUGAAUCAAGUAUGAGCGAAUUGCACACUAAAAAAUAACACGAUUCAAAUAACAUUUUGAUGUCAGUGUAUGCCCGAAUAAGCCAGUGUGUGUGACAAAUGUCAUCAUUAGAGUUAGGGUAACAUUCCAUUUCUGACCGCAGCUGCACUAGGUACUACGCGUCGUUGUUAUUGUCAAUUUCCAUAGUAAAAUGAAUGGUAGUGCUGCUGUCGUUGGAAAUGGACUGUCACCUUUAGACCAAGAAAAGUCUGCAGAGAUUUUGACAGCACACGCAGUGCCAGUGUUAUUUAUACGUCACAAUUUCAUAGAAUUUUGACGUUUAAAAUAACAUCUGCUCUGCGUAUGCUGUAAACAUCUCUGCAGACUUUUCUUGGUCUGACUUCAAUUUAAUUUUUAUAUGAAUAUAUGACGUUUUUAAUAAUUUUAAUGACUCUCCCUCUCUUUGUUCUAUUUAAGUAAAUGCACAGUUAGCUUAGCCGGACUCUAGCUAGACGCCUCACACAAGAACUGAUCUAUUUUCAAAUAUUUUGCACCUGUAUAGAACCAUAAUAAAACGGGAAAAAUCGGCACCCAUAUUAAAUUAGCAGAAUAUCUGAUUUUCCACACAAAACAUCUGGUGCCAAUGCAAAAAAUCUGAUGGACAAUUGGACAAUAUGCGAAUUAAUUUCGUGACCAUUUAGAUUCUGAAUCAUGUACUUACUGAAUUUUUGAAAAUUUUCAUCAUGUUUGUAAUAGUAUUAAUUUAUUUCUUUUCGUUUAAUAAUUUAAAUCACGUUGGUGUUUAUAUUUUUUCCCCUAAAUUUAUUAAAUAUAUACUUUGAUUUGUCUGUAAUGUGCAGGUGGGCAAUUUCGACUGCGAGUAAAAUUUCAACUAAUCAGAAAAUCUUCCAUGUUUUACAUUAUUAAAUAGAGUCACACACAAUACAUCUCUUUCGCUCUUCUUCUACCUAGCGUUAUCCCGGCCUUUGCCAGGGUCCGCUUUCCUACUUUCUUUCCUCCACUUUGCGCGGUCCUGGGCGUCGUCUCGUGUGAGCCCGUUCACACUCAUAUCUGCUUUCACGACAUCGAGCCAUCGCUUUUUUGGUCUGCCUUGGGGUCGGGGGCCUUCAAGGGCUAGGUUAAGGCAUAUGUUUCCUACGUAGUCAGCUGGCCUGCGACAAACGUGGCCGAACCACCGGAGGCGACAUUCUUGGAGCUUCUCUGCUACGUCACGGACUGCGAGGCUGCCACGGAUGUACUCGUUACGGAUGCGGUCAGUGCGAUGUCGUCUGCAUACAUGAGCAACCACGGCGGUGGGUCUUGUAUCUCCGCCGUGACGGCAUCAAGCACCACACUGAACAGAAAGGGGCUCAGAGCGGAGCCUUGAUGAACACCCACUGUAAUCGGGAAGGGUUUUGUGUCGCCAACGGAGGUCCUUACCAGAGAAACCGAAUCGCGGUACAUGUCUAAAUCAAAAUCAAAAUCAAAAUCAAAAGUAUUUAUUGCACACAUAUUACAUAAUAUUAGGUAGGUAGGUACCUAUACAUAAUAUGGACCCUGCAAGGGCGCAGCAAUCUUAUAAAUAAAUAGUUAAUAAUGUAAAACAUGGAAGAUAUUUCGAUUAGUUGAAAUUUCCCCGCAGUCGAAAUGGCACCCUGUAGUUUUUUUUUAAGCUAAAAUUUAUUACAAAGAGGUAAAUAAAAAAAUUCACAGAUUUCGUGCCUCACACGACUAUCGAGCACAUUGGAAAUGAAUCUACGGAAUUCGAAAAAAUAUUGUCGCUGAGCGACGAGAAAGUCUGGAUAAGGAAAAAGUUACAAAAUAA